AUAUCAGGGUAUACAAAUCGAUUCGUUCACCAGGUAGAUGUGUAAACCCACUUGUUAUAUUUACUAGUAAAAUACAGGAGCUCAAAGUGACACAGUUUAGCGGCACAAGGGGAACAGCGCGCAUGUCCGUCCCCCACGCUUGCGCCUCACAUUCGACGUUAUCAAUCUGGAGUGCACAUUAAAAAGUCUAAAAUAAAACCUAAAUUACGAUAAUAUAAGCCAUAAGUGAUAACUAACAUGUUUGUCAGUACGAAUAAGGAUUCAAUGUGUAGGUAGAUCUUAACAUAUUAGGGGCCAAAUUAGAUUAAGUUUCUGAUGUGCAAGCGUGUUGGGAACUCCAUAUUACUGCUGCUUCUCCUGUCUUUGGACUCGAGGGAUUGUGUUGCGAGUCCGAACAAUGAAGGCAAAAUACUGCUUAAUUCCGUUCAAGCAUGGGCAGUCAAACUCGGCACAGAACUGUAUCAUUUUGGGGAAUUUAUCACCAGGAAGAAAGAGGUUCAAGAAAGCUUCAAAUCAGCUCAAAUUGAAUCAAGAGACGGAGAAAAGCUAGUUCAGAGUAUGUCUGAUGAUAUACGGGCUAUGAUGGAGCUCAAAAUAAGCGCUGUUAAAAGAAUAGUAGAAGCAGCAGAAAAUAUGGCAUUUGACAAACAAAAUGAACCGGUACCUGAAGACUUUCAGUUUUAUAAUAGCAAAGAAAUGGAAGAGCCAUACGAUGAGCUUACAAUCACGACUACUCCAGAAACAGAUUUCGCUUUAGAAAAUUGGAUAGCACGACCACCAACGAAAAAUGCUUACCUCUAUCAAAAUCCACAUUUUUCGAAUAUUCCAGUAAAUAUAAAUUUUAGCAGUGUACAUGUGCCGACGAAUGUUUAUGCUUGGGCUCCGGAGGUUAUCAAAGGUAUCCAUUGGUCAGAGGGUUUAGAUACACAUUUUAUAAAUAAUUACCAAAGCGAUCCAACACUUUCGUGGCAAUAUUUUGGCAGUUCAACAGGAUUUAUGCGACAUUAUCCAGCUAUGAAAUGGAGAGCAGAUCCUGUAGACAUUUAUGAUUGUCGAACUAGGGCCUGGUAUAUGGAGGCGGCCGCUAGUCCUAAAGAUGUAGUUAUUCUUGUUGAUCGUAGUGGGUCAAUGACUGGUCAAAGAAGGGAUAUAGCAAAGCAUGUGGUGACAAAUAUUUUAGAUACGCUGGGAAAUAAUGAUUUUGUUAAUGUCAUGACUUUUGCUGACACUGUAGAGGAAAUUGUACCAUGUUUUGAAGAUUCUUUAGUACAGGCGACUUUAGGAAACCUACGUGAAUUAAAAUUAGGCUUGGAUAAUUUUGAAACCAUGGAGAUAGCAAAUUUUUCGGCUGCACUGACGCGGGCAUUCGAACUUUUGGAAAUGUAUAGAAAUAACAGCGGUGGAGCCAACUGUAAUCAGGCAAUAAUGCUGGUAACAGAUGGUGUCCCAUAUAAUUACAAGGAGAUCUUUGAAAAAUACAAUUGGAAAUAUGACACUCCAGUGAGGGUGUUCACGUACCUGAUAGGGCGAGAGGUAAAGGUGGCGGAUGUGAGGGAGGUGAAAUGGAUGGCGUGUGCUAAUAGAGGCUACUACGUCCAUCUGAGUACGCUGGCCGAAGUUCGAGAGCGAGUUUUAGAGCACGUUAACGUGUUAGCGCGACCACUCGUGCUGCAGAGAGAAAAACACCCCGUUGUAUGGACACCCGUUUAUGCAAACGUCACAGAUCCAAAAGUAGCAGAUUAUCUCUGGGAACAACGUGAAAGAGCAGAGCAAAAAGAACGUUUUAUGAGUCAGCGACGAGACAAAGCUUUAUUUAAUUCAGAAAAAGAGCAAGAACGAAGGUGGCGCAUUACUCAGAUGAAACAGGGACAGUAUAGUGAAAUUGGAAAUUCGCAAUAUCAACUAAUGACUUCUGUAUCAAUGCCAGUUUAUGAUCUUCGUCAUAACGAGAACAUCACAGAGAAUGUACUGAUAAAUGAAGCUUAUUGGGUAUCAGUUACAAAAGAGUCCGUAGAGGAGAACGGCCAGAAGGAGAUGCGUAUUGCUAGGUUAUUAGGCGUAGCUGGCACAGAUGUACCACUAUCUGAGAUACAAGCUCUAAUGACACCCUAUAAGAUCGGAGUAAAUGGAUAUGCUUUCAUUGUGACCAAUAAUGGAUACAUACUAAUACAUCCGGAUCUGAGGCCCGUGUUUCAACAAAUACUAAAGCCAAGUUACAACAGUGUGGAUAUGAUAGAAGUGGAACUAUUUGAUGAUGAUAGAGGGCCAAGGAAUUUCAGCAAAGAAUUGACAGCGCUUCGCAAAGAAAUAAUAGAUCAGAAGACGGGGAAUAAAAUUAUGAACGUAAAAUAUCACUUGGAUGAGAUGAAAAGGGUGUCGCGUGCCAAAAAGCAUUACUUUUGGACUGGCAUCAGUGACUCGCCAUUCACCCUAGUGGUCGCCAUCCCUGAGAAUUACGGCCGUCAUCGGAUAACACCGCCACCUACCGAUGAUAUCCAUAGACUAUCACUGACAUCUAAAAAUAUAUCCGCUCGCCAGUAUUUGUCAGAUAAAUGGAGUGUGCACCCUGAUUGGUUAUAUUGCCGCCACUAUGAGCGAACAUUCUCUACACCGGAAGAAGAACUUUUGUAUUUUUUGGAAAGGGUGGCCAAACCAGGAUGGCGGUGGCCAGCGAAGCCUAGGCCUCCAGAACACCAUAAAAAUAAGCCUGGCCACGACCGACAUAAUAACGGUACUCCAGAAAAUAAGGAGCGGAAUAAGGUUUCUAACAGUACUCCAAGAAAUGAAUAUUAUUGUGACCAUGGAUUGAUGCAAGCGUUGGUAUAUGAUGCCAGAAACACAGCCUGGUUCAACAAAAGCAUAUCAGAUUCGGCUUCUGAGGAAAAAGCCCCGUUGACAAAAGUGAUUGGAUUACUGCCGAGAGCUGAGUUCAUCCAGCGGUUUGGAUAUAUCGUCGCGUUCCUGUCGACUCACAGCGGACUCACGAGAUGGCAGAUGCAUCCACCAAAGGAACAUGACAAUGAAAAACCCGAGUUCGGCAAGCAAUGGCCGAAAUCAAUAGACGAGGUGUGGUACCGUCGCGCGGUAGAGCAGCACUACGUGGACCCUCUGAGUUACGUGUACAGCGUGGAACUUAACACAGAGAAGUUCCCGCUUAACGUGAGCUCGGCGGUGGUGACCGCGGCGCACGCUGUGUUCCACGGCGACUCACACAGGAAGACUCCGGCUGCGGUCGUUGGCUUUCAAUUCAAACACGAACGGCUCAGCGAAUGGUUUGAGAAUAUAACGUCUUCGUGUGAACAUAACAGAGAGUGCGUGACUUGCUUGUCAGAUGCUUGGGACUGUUAUUUAGUAGACAACAAUGGAUGGGUCAUUGUUAGUGAAGACUCCAAUCAGACUGGACAAUUUUUUGGGAAGAUACGACCAGACAUUAUGGCAACAUUGAUUGAGGAUGACGUCUAUAAGCCAGUACAUUUGGUGGACUAUCAGGCUGUCUGUUUUAGAGAGAAAAAGACCUCAAAUCCAGCAAACGUUUUGCUAACGCCAUUAGAGAAUUUGCGGUUAGCGAUGGCCUGGUUCCUGACGACAACAGUUUGGUUCUACAACUCCAUAGCAUCAGGACUGGCGCAGGCCUCCAGCUACUCCUUUGAGGACGAGUUUCUUACAACCACCGUACCACCAUUAUUGGAUGAGGAAGGUGACGACGAUUCCGAGUAUUCAUACAUGUCUAAGCCAACUACGAAAAACGCUGAAAGAGAUUUCGAAAAACUGGUACUGAUCAACAGAACUCGGCCAACGCCAUGUGACAGAGAGAUGUACCUUUACCAACUAAAUUACAACAGCUUAAACGACAAACUCAAUAAACCCAUGAUGAAUUGCUCAAGGCCAUUCUAUGUUCAAUUGGUGAAUUACACAAACAUGCUGAUGGUGGUGGUCAACGGAUUGUGUCCGAGAGAAGAGGUACCUAUAUCAGUGGAUCCGACUGAGGUGCAAUACAAUGAGUCUUUACCAUGUUUGAAGCACAUACAUCCUCUAUAUAGAAAGCAACCGACAUCGUGCAUUAGGAAUCACACUGAGGAAAGUAAUAUAGACAUGUGUGGACGCGGCAGUCUCCCUCACAAGAACCUUUGGACUUCACUGAGUGUCCUGGUAAUCCUCCGGUAUUUUUAUAUAUAAAGGAAAGUAACAAUAUUAUAGUCAGUAAUUAUUCUAAUUUUGAUUAGGUAUAAUUUUCCAGUAAUAAAUUGAAGAUAAUAUCUCUAUUGUAAAUGUUUAUUCAACAUUAAAUGUUUUCUAACAUUACUAAGUCAUACAUUUUAUUUUUUACUAGUAAAAUUUAUUUGUAAAGAUCAAAACUAUUUAUUUAAAAAUAGCUAAAUUUACAUCGGAUGGAAGAUGAAUUAUAAAUAGAGUAUAAUUUAUAUAGAUUACUAAACCAAAUAGUAAAAUACAUGUCAUACCCACAUAUCAUAUAAAUUAUUUGUUAAAGGAAUAUUUAUUUAUAUUUUAUGAUGGAGUUGUUAAGUAAUAGUUAAUCAUAUGCUCCCAAAGUGCCAUAAGUAGGAGGCAUAGGAUCAUAUCAGGUGUUCAACCAUGAUUGACAAUUUUAGCAUUAAAAGUAAUGCAGAGACAUAUUAACUCUUGUAUAAUUAUUUGUGUCAGAUAUAUAAUAAAAUUGUUGUUAUAAGAUGGAGGGUAUACCCUUGUUAUAACAAGAGAAAUAAAGAUAGUCCUAGCUUUUCUAUACAAAUUUAAUAAAUUGGCUUUGAUAUAUAUGUCAUCUUAACUUCUAAAUAAAUUAAUAGACAUAAAUUUUAUAAUAGGCUUUCUUUCAUCAUUAUUUGUUAAGAUUUCAAGUUAAUAAUAAAUAUUUAAAUUACUCCGUCCUGGCAAUUUUUUAAAGCAUUUUGGACUGGGGUGGAAACUUUAUAUUCCUGUGUGGCAGGUGUUAGAUUUAUUAAAUAAAAACAGUUGAUAAAUUUGUGUUGUUUAUUUAAAAAUAUAUAGUUACCAUAAUAUUUGUAAUGAAAUUAUAGUACCUACUUAGUAAUUUGAAUCUCUGUCAUUGUAUGUAGAUGUGAAUUAUUUAUAAUUCAAUUGAAAUGUGAUUAUUAAUUUGGUACAAAUAAAUACUUAUUGAAAAUAUUUGAAGACAGUUAUUUUAAUCCUAUUAAUGUACACACAGCAUUAUCAUCGAGGAACUUGCACUAUCCUAGUUAUUAUAUA